GUCUGCCUUGGAAACCAUAGAGAUGACGAACAUGUUUACACACGUCAUCACUAGCUAUUUAGCAAGGGAUGUUUUACGUUGCGUGUGUUAGCAAUAUUUUGUGCUAGAACUAUAAAGUAUUGCAAUCAGAAGAAAGUUUGCAUAUUGUUUUAAAAGAUAGUUAUCUACCUUUUUCAUUGUUGAGUAGCUUGCAUUUAGCAGCUUGGUACUGAUAAUUAGCUAACGUUAGCAGAUUUGUUCAGCCAGCAACGCCUAGCAGCUAGCUAACGUUAAUCUGUACAAGUUAUCAACACAAGAGAAGCGGAGAUGUUCAAGGCAAAAAUACUUUUAAUUGGACCAAGUGAGGUAAAACGAAAGAGCUAUUUACACAUAAGUCUGGAAAAACAGUUCUAGCCAACUUUCUCUCUGACACCGUGGAGACAGCAGGAGGGGAAUACUGUCCUACUCAAGGUGUCAGGUACAUUGAGGACUCAUAUCUCCCAGUUCCAGCAUCAGAUUUGUCAAUCAGCAAAAGCUUGGUAGCCGAUGUUUACAACUCCAAAUGAUGGCUUGUACACCAUUUAACCAUUGUGUUGUUCCAAGGAUACUGGAGUUUGAAUCUCAGAAUGAGGGAAGUGGGGACAAAUCCUCAACAUGUGAAGUGGAACUUUGGGACUGUGCUGGAGAUUUCAAGUUUGAGUCGUGCUGGCCAGCAUUGAUGAAAGACUCCAAUGGUGUAGUGAUCGUGUUCAACCCAGACAUGCCACGCCACCUAACAGAAGUAGAGACAUGGUACUCCAUGUUCAUCUCCUCACAGGGGCUACAGGACAGCCAGUGUCUACUGAUGGCCCACCACAAGCCUGGCAGUGGAGUAGAUAACGGACGACCCAACCUAGCUUCGCAUUUGAACAGGUUACCAUUGAGUCACUCUAACCUGGAGGAAGAUCCUGAGGAUGUGCGGCAGGGGUUCCGCAGGUACUUGGAGAACAUUGUGCAAACACUGUCAGAGAGCCGGGAGCGAGAGGAGAUGUCUAUCAUUACUUAAUAUCAUCCCGAACCCAAGCUUCAUCUAUCGAAGGUUGGAUUUAGACUCCACUAGAUACUCUGCAGUCAAAGGCUCUGCAACCACUUUGACUUCCACGCACCUCAGUCUCUUUUGACACGCACAGGAAUGUCUAACUUUAAUCAAUCAGCUGCACUUGUGCUUUUCCAAAACAUAAUUCCACCCUAUUUCCAGAGUUGGUGGCAAAAGUAACCAGAAAUGAAAUCUUUCAACCAACUGCACUUGGAUAUUUUGUUGUGUGCAUACAAAUGCUUAAAUUGUCUACUUUUAUACAUUCUGAAAAAUAAAUGCAACAUGUAAAGUGUUGGUCAUGUUUCAUGAGCUGAAAUAAAAUAUCCCAGAAAUGUUC